GCUGGCGUCACGCGUCAUAUGACUGAGCGGUAGGAAGUGACUGUUUCUGGACACGAAAAUAAAACAAACGGACCUACCGAAGAGAAGAUGAGCUCCAUAAUCCCGGAAACACCGAGCAUUAAAGCAGCCGUCACUCACAUCAACUCCAUCGACAACAGCAAAUUCUCCAGAUUACUGACCCGCAUCCUGCAGAAGCUCCAUCUCAAGG